AGUUUUUUUAAGACCGGCAAACGAGCAGGACGUAUGCGCGGACGUAGGCGCUGUCGCAGUAGUUGAUGUUUGUUGUUGUGCGCACCUUUUUGAAUGAUGUGUCGACUGUGAAUGAGCGGCAAACACGCGUAACGGCAAUAAAAUAGAAGAAAAGAAGAGAAGAGCGCUUGCCAGAGAAACAUAAGAAGCAAUAAAAUCGUAAUUAUUACCAAAUCGUGUUCGGCGUGUAAAAUGCUGCCGUACGAAGUGCAAAGCAUAAACCAGUUCAGAGUGCAUAAAUAACUGCCGCCCAAAACGCCGGCGUGUGUGUGUGUGCGAAUGUGUGUGUGAGUGUAGUUUCGGCUUACAUUCAAUUAAAAACCCGGCCAAAAGUCUCGCUCUAAGGUGGCCAACUAGUUUAUGCGUACGAGUGUGUGUGUGUGCGUGUGAGAGUCUGGAGCAAACGUCCAAAAGCAAAGGAAUUUAUGUUGGCGCAGCAUCGCGGCAGAGCACAAAACAGACAACAAUAGGCAAAGGCGAAGACGAAGGCGAAGGAAGAGCCAAAGACAACGCCGAACGUUGGAAGGAGCCGCCGCUGUCGACGUCGUCGUCAUUAUAGAGGAUUCCAAUUCCAGAAGUUGUUUGACCAGUUUCGGCUGUGAGAUUUUUUGAGCCCGUAGCGCGUUCUUUUGUUUUGUUUUUUUAUUGGCCUUCGGAGACGCGCCUGGCUGAAUGAGGAACGGGUGGAUCAGCUAGCGAUAUGCCCUUUGUACAGCGCACUGUGCAGCCGGUGAAUGUGGCACAAGCGACAGCCGCCAGCCUGGGGCAUGCCUCCACGCGCUUCCACUGCUUGCCGGGCAAGUGCAAAAACAACAAUUGCAUAAAUAAGCAGUCACUCGAUGAGACGGACGCCGGCGCGCCCACUUCGCCCAGUCUGACCCGAGCGCUGGUCCACGGGCUGCCCAAUGGCGUCGACUCGGACGCUGAGCCGCGUCCGCCGGCCGCUCUGCCCAUGAAGAAACUGAAGCAGCAUGUUGAAUUUUUACCCUCGACCUCGCCCACGACGCCCACAUCGCCAACACGGUCGCGUGCCUCGCAGUCGCUGCCCAAUUCGCGGCAGCCGAGCCAGCAGCGUGUGGCGCUGCCCGCACGCAACGCCAGCGCUCCGCAGUCGCCGACUGCGACGAGGAUCGUCUCCGGCUACGAAUUCGACUCGAUCAGCAACAUAACCCUAAGCAAUGCGCUGCGCCAGCUGGCCAGCCUGGUGCUCAUCGCCAGCGACAUCUUCGAGGAGCUGCAGCGGGACUUGCAGUCGGUGGGCGAGCGGGCGGGACGCGUGCAACGCAAAAUAACGGCCGUGGAGCGGCGCGUAUGUGCCUACGAUCCGAAAAUGGUCACAGUUCCUGAAAGCGACCUGCUCACCUUUGCACAACGUAAGCAGCACUACGAGUCGGACAAGUCAUUCCAGACGGAGCUCUUCUCCAACGAAACACGACCGGCUAGCGUGCGCCAGCUGUACAAGGAGGCGGGCAAGGAGGUGGUGCUAAUGUCCACAGCUACCACACCGCCACGCUCCGUGUCCUUUAAUGCCGAUGCACAGGCAAACGACGAUGUUCUGGAUGGCAUUACGGAAGCGUCCGGCAUCGAGGAGUCGCUGCUCUGCUCUGACUCGGACUUUGGCAAUGCCAACCGCAGGCUGCGCACGCGCAUCGAUGCCGAGAUUGAAAUACGCUUGCCCGCUGCCAUCGAGGAUUUGCGGAAGUGGACAUCCAGCGAGGCGCUGGGUGAUGUCACCGUCACGCCCGAUUGCAUGCACCACGUGGACACCUCGAUCUGCACAUCGCUGGCCAUUGGUGAUAAUGGCGUCCUAACGCCCGCACUCUCUCCGUCCGUGCUGUCCGCCGAUGCCGCCGAUGCGCUCUACGCGCUCAACCUCAGCCAGCCGGCGGACAGCUCCCAUCAUCAUCAUCAGCAGCUGCAGCAGCAGCAACAGCUGCUGCUAUCGAACGAUAUCAAUAAAGAUGUGCCUUUGAAUCAUCGACUGCCUUCACCCGAGGAACAAACCAAAAUAAUUGCCUUAAAAUACCCCGCCGAGGUGAUCUCGGUGAACACGUCCGGCAAGCACUUCCAGCGCAUGUGCGCCGCACGGAAAUCCACGACGGGCUGCUAUGCCGGCGGCGCUGGCUCUGGCACGCCCAGUAGCGGCAGUCCCGAGGACAAUCAGGCGGAGGCCAACAAUCUGGACGACAACGUGCACACGGUCAGCCGGCGGUCGAGGUCGCGCAAGGUGCGGGGCAAGCGUCGCAACACCAUUGCGGGCAUCGACCAGAAGGAGAUCCAGGAUGCGGCCAAUGGCAAUGCGGAAUCGAAGAAUCCAUCAAAUGCCACCUCGCCAGCGCCCGCUGCUGCUGCGGAUGCCACAAAGAAAUCUAAGAAAUUCGGACGCAGCAAAUCCAGCGACCUCUUAAAAAAGGAAUCUGUUGCCUUGCCCUACGACAAGGGGAAGAGCACAUUGACCCGACUGAACUCGCUGAAGCAAUGGGGCCGCAAUCGCUUCAAGUUUAUGCACCGCAAUGGCGAGCUGAGCGGCGUCGGCGAGUCCAGCCAGCUGGACACCAGCGGGUGCAGUUCGCAGAACAGCUCCACGGAGAAAGCAGAGCCGAGCAGCCACUGCUCGACGGCCGCUCCGGGCGCCGUGUCCAAGUCGAAGCGCGAUGCCACCACGCGGGACAUUGACGACGAGUGCGUGGUGCACGAUCUGAUUGCGCAGAAGAGUGAAUCUCGGUUUUCGCACGAACGAAAACCCUCGUAUUCCUCAUCCGAGAAGAGCAUGAGCAUGUCCAGCAGCGGCCAGCUGCGCGGCAAGCUGCAGCUGUCCUCGCUGGCGGCGGCGCACGUCAAGAUGCGAGAGACGGCCACGCUGAACAGGCAGCGGCGCAAUGGGUUGCAUCGCCUGGAUGCGGCCGGCAAGGAGGAGCAGCCGCACUCGUCCAGCGGCAACUGGAGCGCCAGCUCAGAGUCGGGACGCGCCUCCAUUGGCAGCGAGAUAACCAUGCAGCCCAAGUCGAGCGCCUCGAACACCUCGCUGAACGUGUCCAGCUUCCAGCCGUGCAGCAGCAGCGGUCCGCCCUCGUCCAUGCUGAGCCGGCGACGCUUCCUGAACACAUCCGCCUCGAGCAGCGUCACCAGCGAGGGCACCGCCACGCCGGAGCUGCAGGGCGAUGCGGGCAGCUAUCCGAAUCAUCUGGACGAUGAGACGAGCUCGGCCUAUAGCUGCGAUACCGAAGGCUACUACACGUCCUUUCACAUGGACAGCGGGCUGCGCACCCUUAAGGAGGAGGAGCCGCCAAUGACGCCGCUGCAGCAGAGCCUGCACACGAGCAGCUACUCCUUUGGCAGCCAGUCCAAUCAGACGGUGCUCAAUGCGGAGAACGAAUAUGAGCUGUAUGGGCGCGGGUCCACGUCGACCACCACCAGCUCGGCGGGCACUGUGUGCACCACCCUGAUGAAUGGGGCCGUCUGCACCGGGCCGGAUGUGCCCGAGCGCAGCAGCUCGCUGGGCAAGCACAGCCAGAGCCACAGCAACAGCGCCAGCAGCAGCACCCUGGAGCGUAGCUACAGCAGCAGCACCAUUGGCAGCACCUUGGAGCGCACCGGCACCAUCAAGCGCAAUGUGAAGCAAUCGAGUAAGUCCGAGGAUGGAGGGCAGCAGCACACUAAACACAUGGACGACGGUCAGCAGGAGCAGCAGCAGCAGCAGCGCUCGGCUCUGCCUGUGCCUGGGGAUCUUGAGCACUCUGAGUGCUCGGAUCUGGAGGGCGUGGAGCGCAUUGAGCGCAUCAAACAGAAGACAGCGCUGAAUGCCAAGCGCAUUCCCUCCAUGUGCAUCAUAACGCCCACGACCAGCGACGACGAUGAGCUGCAGUCGCAGGAUGCGGAUGCCGAACGCACGCUGACCAGCCUGCAGCUGGACGUGGACAGCGAAUUGGAUGUGCCCGAGCAGCUGACGCCCACCAAUGCACACAGCCGGGACAGCAGGGACAGCAAAGACCACAACCUCAACGAGCUGAAGCAGACGCCGACGAAAGCUUUUGGCAGCAUGCUGGAAAAGCUCCGCGUGGCUUUGCCAGCCAUCAAACGGUCGCCCGGCAAAAGCUCGCCCGCCAAGCCAGCCUCGGCGAGCGCCGUGAAUGACGAUAAGCUUUACGAUUUGGCUGGCGAGUAUGUGACCAUAGCGGACAUUAGCAACAACAACAACAACCAUCACAACAUCAACAACAACAGGCGAGAGAAUCGCGCCAAAAGCAACCUCGCCAUCUACUAUUCCAAUGACAUAGUUCGCAAGCCGAGCGAGCAGCAACCCUCGGAAUACGUUUCGCUCAACGAGCUGCCACAGCAUUUGCGUCGGCAUGCAGCAGGCAGCGGCAGUAGCAAGAGCGAAGCCUGCGCACAGGCAACAGAGACAGCUGCUGCUGCUGCUGCUGCUGCUGCAACCCCUGCUGACGCCGCUGCUGCCACCCCGUCGACUGGUGUGGCCUGCAGCGGGCUGGAGAGCGGCGUGCCCAUGUAUGCUGAGAUCAGCGAGUUGCGCGAGGAGAAGUCGCUCAUCUCGCCGAGCGGCGCUCAGCGUCGGGUGCGCACAACGGCCGAGGGUCGCAUCAUAUACGAUUCGGAUAGCUUGAAGCGGCGCAAGGGAGCGCACACCACCUUCGCACCUGGGCCGUACGUGAAGGAAACCGAAAGUGCGUUGCUCAGUGCAAUGCGAGACGUCACGGGUGAAAGUGCAACGGUAACAGCAGCGGGCACAGGACUAUCAACGACAGCAGCCACAAAGAGCGCCAAAUUAUUGUUAUUAAGCGGCAGCGGCAUUGCGGCCAAUCGCAAAGUGGCCAAUGUGCGUCCCAUAUUAGCCAAAUCGCCGCUCAGCAAGACGACUGCCGCCAGCGGCACUAUGACGGCCGCCUAUCAGCCAGGCAACAGCAGCUACCAGGACCAGAAGCAGUUGCUGGCCAACAAUACGAAUCCGUUUUACGAGACUAUUGCACCGGCUGCGCCGGCUGGAAUGAUGAUGCCGUCGCCAUCGAGCAAAUCGAAUUCAUCGACGGGCUCCACGGCCACCAGCUCCUCGUCAUCGACGGCGACAACGGCGUCAGUUAGUUCCGUGGAAGAAGGGUAUCAACGUUUCUCUAAUAUCUAUGAGCAAGUGCAGCCCGCACAGUUGAAUACACAGGCCGGCGAUGCCACGCCCUUUCAGCGCAAUGCGCCCGUUUAUUGGACGCUACAGAGCCGACGCAGCCAGCCAAAGCCUUUGUCCAGCGGCAACGCCACAUGCCGGGAUGAUCUCUAUGCCACGCCCAUACGACGUGCCGAUCGUGCAGCACGUGCAGCUGCCGCAACAGGCGCCGGAACCGCCACACCCGGAAAUGCUUCAUCAACGCCUAAUGGCCGCAACAACAUGUCGCCCAUUGUGCCUGGAAAUGGCAACGGCGUCUUCCUGACCUCAACGCCCACGCGGUCAGAGACGGGCGCCACGGAGAAUGUGCCGCCCAUGAAGCAGCCGUCACGCAACUGGAACGACGAUGCGCCGGAGCGACUGAACACAUGUGCGGAUCGCAUUGGUCAGAGCAAGACGACGCUGAUGGACUUCAAGAAGCUGUUGCUGGCCAAAUCAGCCAAGACGAGCCCCGUGCAGCGCAAGGUGUCUGCCGUGGAGUUGCUGAAGAAGACCUCGGCGCCGACGAGCACUGCCAAUGGGGCGGGACAGAAGACGGCGACUGCGACGCCUGGUGCGUCGAAGCCAACGCUGAACUCCAGCUUAAAGCUGCUCGAUCUGAGCGGCUCGCCAAAGACCUUUGCCAAUCGCAGAAUGUUGCGCCAGGGCCAAUUCGGUUCGCCCUCCAAGACUUUUGUGCCGAAAAUACGCGGACCCAAUGCGGCGGUCGCGUCCGUUGUGCCACGCACGGAUAUCAUGUCAACCACAAUACCGGAGGCCAACAGUGAUGAGGAUCACUCCAAUAACAGCGGCGGCUCGCGGGCCGGCUCCGAGGCGGAUGAGACGGCGGCGUGCACCGUAGCCAACAGCAAUAGUCCCAGCUCCGUGGCCGUCUCCAGUUUCGAUCUGAAGCGGAAUUUCUUUUUGCAAACCGAGGAGAAUAACUUUAUGCGGGGCGAGCUGAAGCCCAACUUUGGCAGGAACGGCGGCGCCUCGGCUGCAGUAGUUGGAGCAAUCAAUGCAGAAACCAAUAAAUAUGCGAGUGCGCCCACAUCACUGCCAGCUUUUGAGACGGCGCUCUAAGGAAUUGGGGACAGCAAAUUCGGGUCAAACCUGUCGCUGUUGUCCGUCGAGGGAAGGGGGAGAUGGAAAAUGGGAAAUGACCGUAAUCAUAUACAUAUACAUACAUAUGCAUACAUACAUAAUUACAUAGGAACAUACGUACAUUUAUACAUAUUCCAUAAGCAAACGUAAAUCUAAAUAAGCAAUCGCACUUGGCGCUUCGCCCACUUCCCCUCAGCACCAAUAUAUGGACGCUGGAAAAAAAGCAUUUACUUAUAUAAUAUAUAUUAAAGGGAACGCAUCUAAUGUUCCAAGUCAAAAUCGAUGCUACUUUAUGCAAAAUUAUACAGCUUAUACAGAUAUCUAGAUAUAAAUAUACUUAUUGAAUGAAUGCUAUAUAUACAAUGAUAUCCCUUAUACAGUAAAUUGUAUUUUUUUAAAAUGUGCCGCUUGUAUAGAUCAAAGUAUUUUAUACACGACUCGUCAGAUAUUUAUUUGUAAUUUUACGUUAUUUAUUGCAAUUAAAUAAUACCUUACAUGCA